AUGGCUCCAGUCAUUUCCAGCAGUGGGGAGGCUUAUGCCGAAAUCCCCACGAUGGUUGGACUCAUAGGUGCGUUCGGUCUCGUGUUCACAGUUUCCCUUUUUUCCUGGAUCUGUUGCCAACGCAAAUCCACCAAAUCCAACAAAACUCCUCCUUAUAAGUUUGUCCACGUGUUGAAAGGUGUCAACAUAUACCCUGAAAAUCUAAACAGCAAAAAGAAAUUUGGUGCAGACGAAAAAACUGAAUUAUCACCAAAGUCGCACAUAUCAAAGACGUCCCUUCAUCUUGACCUGGAGAAAAGAGACUUGAAUGGCAAUUUUCCAAAAGCAAACAAAGUGAGGAGCUCUCCAGAUCUAGAGGAUUUUUCACAGCCUCAAAUAACAGAAAAAGACAAGAAUUCAAUCUCUCCUGAGAGCAUCACCUCCACCUCAUCUCUGUCAUCUGCCGAGAAACAAGAUAAGCUGGGAACGCUCUUCUUCUCCUUAGAGUACAACUUUGAGAAGAAGGCUUUUGUGGUGAACAUCAAGGAAGCCAGAUCUCUUCCAGCUAUGGACGAACAGUCAAUGACUUCUGAUCCUUACAUAAAAAUGACCAUCCUUCCAGAGAAAAAACACAAGGUAAAGACAAGAGUCCUCCGGAAGACGCUUGACCCAGCCUUUGAUGAGACCUUCACCUUUUAUGGAAUCCCUUACAGCCAGGUUCAAGAUCUUGUCCUCCACUUCAUCAUCUUAAGCUUUGACAGGUUCUCAAGAGAUGACGUCAUCGGAGAGGUCUACUUCCCUCUUUCUGGGAUUGAGCUGUCUGAUGGAAGAGUGUUGAUGAACAGGGAGAUCAAUAAGAGGAACAUCAGGAAGUCAGCAGGACGCGGGGAAUUGCUGAUCUCUCUGUGUUACCAGUCAACUACCAACACCUUAACAGUGGUGGUGCUGAAGGCGCGUCAUCUGCCAAAGGCUGACACAUCAGGACUAUCAGAUCCAUAUGUGAAAGUAAAUCUGUACCAUGCAAAGAAGAGAAUUUCCAAAAAGAAGACUCACGUGAAAAAGUGCACCCCGAAUGCAGUGUUCAAUGAACUGUUUGUGUUUGACAUUCCUUGUGAAGGUUUGGAAGACAUAAGUGUGGAGUUCCUGGUGAUGGAUUCAGACAGGGGCUCCAGGAAUGAGAUUAUUGGUCGAUUAUCCUUGGAGAGCUCAGCAGAUGGAACAGGUGGAGAACAUUGGAAGGAAAUCUGUGAACAACCCUCGGAGACAGAUUGCCAAGUGCACAUGUUGUGUGAUGGUUAG